GUGAAAAGUGUAAAAUCGAAAUUCCCCAAGUGGGUUGUUCUGUUGGUUAUGAGAAAAUUAAUCGAUUGUUCACUUUAACCUAUAAGGGUGUUUUUGUCUAUUGCAAAACGUUUAUGCAACAGUAAAUAUAAUGUCGAUAAUAAAAAUAUUAUCGAUAAAAACAAAUUUAGGCACCCCAGGGUUCUAGCAUCAAAAUUGGUGAAAAUUAGGAAGCAGGAAAAAAAUCCGUCAACAUGGCUUCUAAUAACAAUCAGCAGAAUGGAUGGUUGAGUGGCUUAGGAAUAGGAUUCGGAAACUCCUUAAGUUGUGUCCCUGAACAACAACAGCAGCAGCAACAGCCAGGAGCAUCCUCAGACCCAAAUCAAUACGAACAACUCGAUAGAUCUACUGUUGGCAGUAACACACUCAAGAGAAAUCCCAAAAUGGAGCUUUCAAAAACUGAUCUACUCAAACUAGUUACUUACUUUGAAGGGGAAAUCCAAGCUAGAGACAUCGCAAUAGCAGCCAUGAAGUCGGAGAGGCUAAAGCAAGUGGUGAACGUGGGGCGCUACAGACCAGCGGUAGCCGCCGAUCCGUACACCGCCCUGCUGCGAGACAGCAUCGCGGACGGCCCCAACGCCAAACCCGUCGUUACCGAACAAGAAAUGGCGGUCGCAGCGGAACAACAAUUGCAAGCUUUAGAACAACUGGCGCUUCAACAACGCCGUGCCCACCAACACAUGAUUAAUAUCUUAAAGGAUGCAGAAACCAAACACCGGAAAGUUAUCCAAGAAUUGGAGGAGGAAAAAUGUAAACAUGAACAUGACACCGCGCAAGGCGAUGAUAUUACUUAUGGCUUGGAAAUGGAGAGAACUAGAUUAAGACAAGAAUUAGAAAUGGAAAGAUCUGCAAGGAAGAAAUUAGAAAAAGAGGUGAAAAAACAGCUUGAAAUGGCAGAUGAAGAAAGGGCGAGGCAGAAACAAAUUGUACUUCUUCUGCUAGCUGAGAGGAAGAAAAUCAUAGUUAAGUAUAUUGAAGAGAGGAAGAGAAGUGAAGAUUUAGCGCAAAUUUUGUCAGAGGAAAAGUCGCGAAUUGAUAGUAUGGCUGAAGGGCUGGAAGAAGAGAGCAAAAAGUCAUUGCAGAUGGAAGCUGAACUUGAAAAACAAGUACAUGUUUUUGAAGCCGAUAAGAAAACGUUAACAGCUCAAUUUGCGGUCAAGGAGGCUAGGUGUCAAGAACUCGAAUCAGAAUUACAGAAACUCAAGGCUGACUACGAGCUUUUAAAAAAUCGAAGUAGUGCAACUUGUGAUAGCGCAGCUCCCAUGAUAAGUAGCGUAGCGAAAGUCGUUCAACCAACAGCAACAGUAUCAAGUGUUCCAGUGUCAGGGCCAACUACAGGAAUCGCUCAGUCCGUUACUCCCGGUCAAGCACUCCGCCAGACGACGAUAGCGCCCCCUAUACCGAUCGCAACGACUAAGUUGAUGACGAAUACCGGUGCUGCAGCGCAGCAGUCGCCGGCGGCCCGAUCUCAACCUAAACCAGGCUUUCAUACUCAAUAUCAAGGCGCCACCGCCCCCCAAACGCCCCCGAAGAAGGGGGCGGUGGCCGGGAGAGGCGUUCCUCCCCCCAUUCCCCCUAAUAAACCUGUCAUUCCUUGUAAGCAAACACCAGCGCGACGGCCGGAGAGCGCAGACGAUAAAAAAAAAGCAAGUAGCGGCGGGAGCAAGGAAGCGGCGCCCUCUUCCGGUGAAAGCAGUCGUAGUGGUUCUCAAGGUAUAGAAAUUUUAGGGCAAGAAUUGGCCGAUUUUCAACAAAUGUUUGUUACUAUGGCAACUAGCAAUAACACUUAGGAAUCGUUUUGUAAUUUAUGUAUUUGUUGGCAGAUUGAGGUUUGGUAGUACUCGGACAGACCUCAAGUCCACUCCUUAUGUGAUAAUUACUAAGUAAAUCUACACUUGGACGCUGAGUUAUUAGAAUUAUUUUUUUACUACUUUGCAUUUGGCACUGCAACUUUAGCCCAGAGGUUUCAAAGACUCAAAUUUACGUACCAAAUAUGUAAAUGCUGAUACCGAUUUUGUUGACUGAAGUUGUAGCAUGUACGUUUUCAGAGUUUGUACUUGGUUCUUAAUUAUUUCGAAUUGCUUUUUUUCUAUUUUUGUAGAAAGUAUUGUUAUUUAAUUUGACUCUAAUGAACUACUUAAAUUUUGUUGUAUUUUUUUUACAAAAUAAACUCUUCCUAUUGUCUCGCCUGACCAUUUAUGAUACAUCACCAACUUAAAAUUGGCGUUUUACUUAUAAUUACGUCUAGGUGCAUCUGUAUAUGUAAUACAUAGUAGGUAUUAAAUAUCUGUAUAUAGUGUAAAGUGUUUACUUGUACAAAAAUAGUAUUAAAAUGUGUAUAUGCAUACAACACACUUAGAGACUAAGAGUAGUUCUUAUGGAUCUCGUGACAACUUCCUUAAGGUUACUGAAUCGAGGCGUGCAUUAGAAGGGGUUAAUACCCUGUGAUUUUCGUUUUUAACUAUGAUUUUAAGCUUAUUUAGCGUAAUUAAAUUAAUGUAAACUAUAAGGGAGCUAGUCGUUAGUGUAGCCAACUGUGGUAGAAAACUAUCACGAUUAUCGAGAUUACAUUAAUCAUACUUUACUAUGGUAUUCUGUGUUUUCCUGGCUCGAUGUAUGAUCUCAAAUGUAAGAGCACUCAUACCUUGUGAGUAGGUACUAACUAUUAUUUACGAUCCCCCCUGUUACUAAUUUAAAGAUUAAAUUAAAUUAUUAACAUUGAAAA